AAGCCCAACAACAACUCGACAAGACCACAGCCGACAAAGCCAUUCGCGAGCAGGAUACCCUCGCUCCCGCAGCCAAUCCCGUCCAAGCGGUAGCCACACCCUACCCGCACGUUAUAGUCGCGAGCGACCCAACCAGCCACGCUUCCCCUCCUCCUCGUCCUCAUCUUCCUCCUCCUCCUCCCCCCUGACCGUGCUCGACCGCAACACAGCCCUCCCGGGAGAGGGUUGCUUACUUCUCCAUCUACCUUGCUUCUCUCUCGGCGUUUCCGGCCAAACCCACCUAACUAUCCAUCAACCCACCUCUCCUAAGACACCGCGCGACAAGAUGUCCGGGGUCGACUCGCCCGAGAUCCUGGCGGCGUACGACGCGGUGCGGUCGGACAAGGACACGACGAACUGGCUGCUGCUGUCGUACGCCGGGGCGGUGGGUGACAAGGUGACGCUGACGGGGACGGGGACGGGCGGGCUCGCGGAGCUGGCGGGGCGGCUCGACGACGGGCAGGCGCAGUACGGGUACGCGCGGGUGGAGUACGCCAACGACACGGAGAGCACGCGGGUCAAGUUCGUGCUCGUCAUCUGGAUCGGCGAGGGCACCAAGGUGAUGCGCAAGGCGCGGGUCUCGAUCGAGAGCGGCAGCGUCAAGCGCGUGCUCGCGCACCAUAGCAUCUCGAUCGACGCGCGCGACCGCGCCGACCUCGACGAGAAGGAAAUCGUCGCGCGGCUGCGGCGGGCCGGCGGCGCCGACUACAACGGCGGGCGGGGAUGACGGACAAGAAAUCGAGAAAUGAUAAGAAAUACCAGGACGAGGAAGGGCGGGA